CGGUCCGAAUGGGCUACCGUACGCCGAAAUACGGUAAUUUCGUAAUUUCAAUUGCGAUUUUUUUUUUUGAGCUCAUUGUAAUAGUGUAGUAAGUUAAUAACUAAUACAAUCAAUGGUUGUUUAUUAACGUCUCAUGUGUGAAAAAAGAUGGUAACUGCGUAGAUUUUACACCUACUCAGAAUAUUUCUAGUAUCGAAGUUGAUGAAGAUGAAUUUGUCAUAGACGGUUGAAAUAUAAAUUUUUGAAAAGAGGACACAUGAAUGCAAAUCAUAUUUAUGUUACAAUGGAAUCAGAAGGUUUUACAGAAGCAAGUAGCAGUUCGGCCACCCCCAAACGUAGUGGUAGUAAGCUGAGCCCCUUAACCAACCAGAGAAUUGAAAGAAUGAAGGCUAAAAUCAAUUCUUUGAAGUGCAAAAUAUUUAGGCGUAAAGUUCCCCACUGUUUUUGCAAAGGAAGACCCAUCGAGGCUACCAAUAGAACAAAUAUCUCAAGAUUGAUAUGUGAAUCAAAACGAUACCUUUCCAAAGAUGCUCAUAUUAUUUUUGCUAAUGAGUUGAAAGCAAACUUUGUUAAUAAAUUCAACAGAAGAUAUGAUGAUGGCUUGAAAGAAAUGUGCUUGUUAAGCUUGUUAAGUGAAUACAAAAAAUCAAAAACUAAGAAAUCUAUGCAAUGAAUAAUGAUUCACAUUUAAGAUUACUUAUAUAUUACUUAUUUUUAUGUAUAUAUUCUUCUGUACAUUUUAUUAUGUUUAUUCAAUUGAAUUAAAAAUUCCACUAAUUUGACAAAGCAUUUUUUCUUUCUCUCCCUAAUCUUUGAUUUAGGGCUUAGUUAAAUUUUGACAAGUUUAAAUUACAAUUUGUAGGUUAGGUAUGGCCAUAGAAUAGAAAGAAUUGUUUAUCUCUUUCUCUAUGUACUUCUGUGGUUCUGUGUACGGUAAAAGUGUCCCAAAUACGGUAAUUUCUCGUCCCUGAUACGGUAAUCUCAAGAUUUUGGGUUGGCAAC